AUGGCGCCCUCUACUUCUGUCCCGCGGGCCAAGGCUCCUGUGAAGCGCUCCAACUCUGGCCCGAUCUGGACGAAGAAGACGCCGCUGGCCGCUAUCGUGGCUGCUGCCCUCAUCGUUGUGGUCCUGUUGAUUGUUUCGCAGCAAACUGGAGCCAGCAAAGCGGCCUCUGAUGCUGUUGAGGGCAGCGACGCCACCAGCGGCGUGGUGGUUGAUGUGAUCAAGCAGGGCGACGGCAAGACAUACCCCAAGAGAGGCCAGAGGGUGACGGUGCACUACACCGGCACUUUGACCAACGGCCGGAAGUUUGACUCCAGCCGUGACCGUGGGCAGCCCUUCUCAUUCGUCAUCGGGGUUGGCCAGCCAGCCAUGCUGCCGGUUUACUAUGGCAGCUUCAGGCCAGAUAGUGACUCCCGUUUGCGGAAGCAUUAG